AUGGGGUUAGCAGCGGUGCUGCUCUUGCUGUUUCUGACAUUGGGACCAAUGGGUUCAACAGGAGCAGAAAAUACAUCCACAGACAUAACUUUUCCCCUCCCUUCCAACUGCGCAAAAAGCUGUGGUAACAUCAGCUUCGAGUACCCUUUCGGUAUAGGUAGCGGAUGCUUUCGGCCAGGUUUUAACCUUACCUGCAUAAGCCAUUCCACUGAUCCUCCUACUAGUAGCCUCUUCUUGGGCGAUGGCACCGUUGAGGUCAUCGAUUUUGAUAUGGACAAUGGAAACGUGUACGUGAAAACUCCAAUUGUCACCAUGGAAGUCCACGAGGAAUAUAUCAACGACACAUUGAUUGAUCUGAGGAAUUUCCCCUUCUCUUUCAACUUGAUGGGAAACUUUACAGCCGAUGUAACUUUCAGACCAUCUCCGCCAAAUAACUGUUCUACAAAAUGUGGGGAUAUUGACAUCUUCUUUCCAUUUGGGGUGGAAGAGGACUGCUACAGAGACCAAUCAUUUUUUCUGACAUGCAACAGGACAACUGAGCCUCACACUCUCCUCUUCCAUGACCACUUCAUAGUGAUAAAUUUAUCAUUGGAGGAAGGGACAUUGGAAGUCAAGAUAAAAAACUUUCGUUACUACUUUCCCUUCGCUGAUGAAAAUCAACCUUUCAUUGGUCUCGGAGAGCGAUUCAUCUUGAAUUGGAUAAUCACAGACCAGUCCUGCGAGGAUGCUAAGCUGAACAUGACUACAUUUGCAUGUGUCGACCAACACAGCUCAUGUAACGACGAUAAAAUUAGUAGCAAUGGUCAGAAAAUUUUAGGAUAUCGUUGCCAAUGUAAAGCUGGAUACGAAGGAAAUCCAUAUCUCCGUAAUGGAUGUAAAGAUAUUAAUGAGUGUCGCAAUCCCCAAAAAUAUGUUUGCUAUGGAACUUGUACUAACACGAACGGCAGUUAUAGUUGCACGUGCCCACCUGGGUCAUCCGGUGAUCCUACUCAAAAAGCCUGUAUCCCCGGCAAAAAGCAUACUCUUGUAUUGGGGGUCAUCAUCGGCGUAAGUAAUGGCGUGGGCCUAUUGCUGUUGAGUACGAGUUUGAUCAUCCUGAGGACGAAAUGGAAGAAAAGAAAACAAAAGAGAAUAAGAGAAAAACACUUCCGUCAGAAUCAUGGUUUACUGCUACAACAACUCAUCUCUUCCCGUGAAGAUGCUGCUGAUAGAACAAAGAUAUUUCCUCUAGAAGAGAUAGAAAAGGCAACCAAUAAUUUUGAUGAAACUCGAGUGCUCGGUCGUGGAGGACACGGAACAGUUUACAAAGGGAUUUUGUCGGAUCAACGCGUAGUCGCCAUAAAGAAGUCAAAGAUCGUGAAGAAGAGCGAGAUAGAUCAAUUCGUCAAUGAGGUUGCAAUUCUUUCUCAAAUUAAUCAUAGAAACGUGGUAAAGCUUUUUGGAUGCUGCUUGGAGACCGAAGUGCCCUUAUUGAUCUAUGAAUUUAUCUCAAAUGGAGCUCUUUCGGACCAUCUUCAUACUUCAGAUGGUAGUUCUGCAUUGUCAUGGGAAGCUCGGCUGAGGAUUGCUGCAGAGACCGCAGGAGCACUUUCUUAUUUGCACUCAGCUGCUUCAAUUUCUAUUUUACACAGAGAUGUAAAGUCAUCAAAUAUUCUCUUGGAUGAUCAUUUCACAGCAAAAGUAUCAGAUUUUGGGUCUUCCAGAUUCAUUCCACUUGAUCAAACUCAUAUAGUUACGGGUAUUCAAGGAACCUUUGGAUACUUGGAUCCAGAGUAUUAUCAAACAAGUCAAUUGACAGAGAAGAGCGAUGUUUAUAGCUUUGGGGUCAUUCUUCUAGAGCUUUUAACAAGAAAGAAACCUAUUUUCUCCAUCGAACAUGAGAAUAAACAGAACCUGUCAAUGUAUUUUGUUCAAGCACUGAAAGAGAAACGCUACUUUGAUCUUGUGGAAGAUCGUGUUAUGAAAGAAGGGACUAAACAAGAGCUUAUGGAAAUUAUUCAAUUGGUAGCAAUGUGCUUGAAGUUUAAAGGAAGCGAAAGGCCUACGAUGAAAGAAGUAGAGUAUAAACUACAAAGCCUAAGAAAGAUUCGAAAGAAUGGAGGACGUCGUAUUGCUGAAGAUCGUGUAAUCAUCAUGUGGGAACGUUAG